UGAUUUUAGGGUUUCCAAUACUCUUACCCGCCUCCAUUUAGCGGGAUCCAUAAAAAAAACAUUAUUCUCCCGCUUCUUUCUAUCUCCCUCCCUGAUUCAUUUUCCUUCUUCUCUCUCACUGUUUCCUACUCGCACCUCCCCCUUACACCCCCUCUCGUCUUCGUUUUCAUCGUCGGAGUUCCAUCUUGCCGCUGUUGUUGGCAAUGUUGUACAUAGAGAUUGUUUUUAGCCCCGGUCAUCUCUCGUCGCCAUCACAAAAUUCGUAUAUCUUCUUCACCAAUUCAUCGUCGCCCUUUUUAGCUUCAGUGAUCUGCUUGUCGUCGCCGUCAUCGGCUUGCCAUCGCCAUCUUCUGCUUGCCAUCGCCAUUGUCAUCAUUGUUUCAAGGUGUGUUUUGAUUUUUGGGUUUAGUUCGAUGCCUUCUUCAAACUCCUCUGCUCCAUCUAUUAUCCAGGCGACCAAGCUUUUAGAUUUUAGGUUGUGUAAGCCUCUUGAUUGUAGGACAUUGUCUACAUUGAAUGAAAAUGAAGCCAUGAGUGAUGAAAAUAUAAGAGAAGCAAUGGAUAUUGAUGGUUUUCCUGAUGCUGUGAAUGGGCAUAGAUGGAUGAGUGCUCAUGAACAGCUUCAACAUUGGCAGAUGAACAGAAGAAAACUGGUGUUUUCAACAGUGGGGACACCGGACUAUAUUGCCCCUGAAGUGUUGUUGAAGAAAGGAUAUGGGAUAGAGUGUGACUGGUGGUCAUUAGGUGCAAUAAUGUAUGAGAUGCUUGUUGGAUAUCCUCCAUUUUACUCAGAUGAUCCAAUAAGUACAUGUAGGAAGGAACAAUUGGCGGCCUUUGAUUCAAAACUCAAAUUGAAGAACACUUGUCACCCUCUACCGAUUCAACAUACUCAAUAAUUUGCCAAGUAAUCCACCAAGUAAUUCUCAAUUUUACGUUUGUAAGCACUUAGACACAUUUAUUGUAUUAUUAGACAAUGUUUAUUAGUAAUAUGUAUUUGUAUUUGAUACUUUUUUUAGGUUAAUUAGUUUUGUUAUAAUAAUAUUUAUUUUGUAGUUGAAUUUCAAUAUUAUUAUAAGUUUAAUGUAAUGGGUUUUUUCAA